UAGGUUGCUUGUCAGCGUUUACGCACCCUACCAAACCCUUCAGUCACUCUUCUUCCAGUUGAGAAGAUAACCUUUCUCUCUCUUUCCUCUUCUCUCUGCGGCCACCGUUUGUACUACUCUUCGAUUCAAGAUGAAUGUAGAAAAGCUUCAAAGGAUGGCUGGGUCAGUCAGGACCGGUGGCAAGGGAACCAUGAGAAGAAAGAAGAAGGCUGUCCACAAGACAAAUACAACUGAUGACAAAAGGCUUCAGAGCACACUGAAGAGAAUAGGUGUGAAUGCAAUUCCUGCAAUCGAAGAGGUGAACAUAUUCAAGGAGGAUAUAGUUAUCCAGUUCCUAAACCCUAAAGUUCAAGCCUCAAUUGCUGCAAAUACCUGGGUUGUCGGUGGUUCUCCUCAGACUAAGAAAUUGCAAGACAUCCUGCCACAAAUUAUUCACCAAUUGGGACCCGACAACCUGGAGAACUUGAAGAAGUUGGCGGAACAGUUCCAGAAGCAGGCACCCGGAGCUGCAGGCACGGGUUCAGCUGCAGGUGCAGCUGUGGCACAAGAUGAGGAUGACGACGAUGAUGUGCCGCAACUUGUAUCUGGUGAGACCUUUGAAGCUGCUGCGGAGGAGGGUCACAAUUAAAGUUUUAAUUAAAUUUUGUGUCAUCCUUAAUUUUUCAAGUCUUCUAAGAUCUGUUUUGUCCUUAGUUGAAUGCUGAAUUUGAUGUCUCAUGUGACACUUGAAUGCAUUUACUAGUGUUUAACUUUGCCCUUAAAAAAAACCUUGAAAGAGUUGUCUCUGUUAUAUAUGCACUUUGGAUUGAAGGUUCAGCAGUGAAGAGGAAUUGAAUUAUAUCCCUGGUUAGAACCCAAUCUUUUUGUUGUUGGAA